AUCACCAGUAUUUUACUGAACUGUUUGAAGUGAUAAGAGUUGUUUAUCACUGAGCAGUGGGAAAUGAGCCACGCACCAGGACGCGCAUGUAUUUGUUCCUCCUCUCCAACACGUCACACGUCUUUCUGUAUAAAGGCGGUAAGAGCCGCUGAUGGUCCGCUGGGUCCGAAACGCCGGAGACAAGAGGAGGAAGGAGGAGUAGAGACGAGAGAGAGGAAGAGAAGAACACAGUCCAUAACAAACAGCAACCUGAAGGGAAUAUGCAAACGAGACUCUCUAAGCUCUUUAGUGUAUCAGUGCUCAAAGUGUAGGUGUCUUAUGGAAGUUCACUGGGAUGCGUGUUGGGAGCGCAGUUCCUAGAUACUCAGUUCAAGUUCACAGGAUGGGAUCUCAUGGAGAAUCUGAACAUCAAACGACGUUCGUCUGGAAUUUACCUUAAUAACUGUUGCUUUAGUUGUUUUCCUCUUUGAAGUGUAUUUAAGUAAAUCACCAGCUCUUAUCUUAAAUCGAACUAAAACUGGAAUCUCUGCACGGUCGUUUUUGACAAGGUAAAAUCAUGCAUCUGGGCAAAGCACUUUUGUUUUUCCUCCUCCUAAACAGCGUAACCACGAUCUUCUCGCUGUCCACUUGCACUACCGUGGACAUUGACCACAUAAAGAAAAAACGCGUGGAGGCGAUCCGAGGUCAGAUCCUGAGCAAGCUGCGCCUCACGAGUCCGCCGCAGGCUCUCGGACCCCCUCAGGUGUCGUCCACGGCGCUUGCGCUUUACAACAGCACCAAGGAGCUGAUUGAGGAACUGGGCAGAGAGCGACAACAGAGCUGUGGCCAGGACAACACCGAGACCGAGUAUUAUGCCAAGGAGAUACACAAGUUCAACAUGAUUCAUGGGCCGCCCGAAAACAAUGACCUGUUCUACUGUCCCAAAGGUAUAACAUCUAAAGUAUUCCGCUUCAAUGUCUCAUCUAUGGAGAAAAAUUCCUCCAACCUGUUCCGAGCGGAGUUUCGUGCCCUGAGAGUUCCCAACUCCAGCGCCAGCAGGAACGAGCAGCGCAUUGAGCUCUAUCAGAUCAUUAAGCAUGAUGAGCAUAUCGCAAAGCAGCGGUAUAUCGGGGGAAAGAAUGUCCUGACCAAAGGAACUGCUGAGUGGGUUUCUUUCGAUGUUACAGAGACUGUUAGAGAGUGGCUCACACAUAGAGAGACUAAUCUUGGCCUGGAGGUCAGUGUGCACUGCCCCUGUCACACCUUUAAUCCUAACGGUGACAUCAUUGAGAACAAAAACGAAGUCCUGGAGGUCAAAUUUAAAGGUAUGGACGGAGAUCACAUCGAGAGCCGCUCGGAUCAUGGCCGACCCGGUAGGCAGAAGGAGCACCCCAUGCCACACCUUAUCCUGAUGAUGCUGCCUCCCCAUCGCCUGGACGUGCCUCCUACAUCCAGACGUCGCAAGCGGGCACUGGAUACCAACUACUGCUUCUCUAAUUAUGAGGAGAACUGCUGUGUUCGCCGUCUUUACAUCGAUUUCCGACAGGACUUGGGCUGGAGAUGGAUCCAUGAGCCUAAAGGGUACCACGCUAACUUCUGCUCAGGCCCAUGUCCAUACUUGCGCAGUGCUGACACCACACACAGCUCGUUGCUGAGCCUGUACAACACUCUGAACCCAGAAGCCUCAGCUUCACCAUGCUGUGUGCCACAGGACCUCGAACCUCUAACCAUCCUCUACUAUGUUGGACGAACACCAAAAGUGGAGCAACUUUCCAACAUGAUUGUCAAAUCCUGCAAGUGCAGUUGAGAGCUUUAGCACCAGUGGCAGCCCUUCAGAGGCCUUACCACCUUGGCAAGAAGAGGGAGGGUUAGAGGAGCCAGAACUGGACUUAAAAAUACCUCCAUGCUUCAUUCUACUCCACUUUCAGGCCCUGGAGCAUGACACUUUGAAGCACUACACUUCCUAUUAUGAGUUUUGUUCCAAGGUGGCUUUGACAUCAAAUGCCACUCUGUCAACCCUCAGACCUCCACGUAGACCUUUUGGGCUGAUUUUUUCCUUACCCUUUUUUCCACCUAUACCUGUUGCUUUUACAUUUUGAACUGUCUGUGCCAACGUACAAAUGUCUUGGGCAUUUUUGAACUGGUUGAAUUAUAUUAAACUGACAGCAAACUAAUACAGGACCUGCUUUAUCCAGAAUGUCUUAGCAGCUGUGAUCAGGACACAAAGGAAAACUGAUAAUCCUUACUGGAUUCACCAAAACAGACUUAAGAGUUAACAAGAGCGUUGCCUGGCUGACACUCAGGCGACCGUCAGGUAUUUGUUUAUAGUGUAAAGCCUUAAUGCACAGAAUUCAUCCUUGCUGAACAUUGUACUGUGGUCUACACAGUUUCCCACACUGUUUGUCUACAAGACAGGCUAACAAAUACAAGACGUGUCAUGAAUAAUAUUAGUAAUGUUACAUGCUGGAAAGAAAAAUGUGUGUGAGAAAAUGUUUUGUUUUGGAUGCUUACCUCUGUUACCUACCAGACAUUUUAGGUUUGUUCAAUAUGCCUACAUGAAGCAGACAGUGUAAAAUAUUGUAUGACACUACAUGAAACCAGAUCACAAACUGUACAUGUUUUUUUUAUUGCUAUUAAAACAAUCCUUUUUUUAAUUAAAUUUAGUCUUGGACAAA